AUCGUGUGGCGGUUUCUGCGCCGCAUAUUCUCUCCUACCAGCACUACGUUGCACUCUGCUGGCCUCAGAGCACCCUGACAAAGCAGAUAUUGUUGUUUUGGAAUCGACUCCUCUACAAGUCGAGCUUGAGUUCAAAUCGCGAGGGAAGCCGACUUUGCCCCUCUUCGAGCAUCACGCAGCAAGAGAAUCUCCAGCUGAGCUCAAGGAACACAAAUGGCUGUAGAUGGGAGACAAAUGCGAUCGCUGAAGCGGUGAAAGGGCUGUUUGGAUUGGUGAGGGGGGAGUUAACUGCAGUGAAGAGGGAGCUGAUGGCAGUUAGGGAGGAGGUGGCUCGACAGAAUGCGCGAGUGUUGAUGCUGGAGGAGAGGAAUGAAGUUUUGGGGAACGAGGUGAAUGAUUUGAGACGUGCACUGGGGGUUGUGAAAGAGAGGAGUGAGUUGGCAGCUGUGAAGGAAGAGCUGAUUGGAGUGAAGGGGGAGCUGCAUGGAGUGAAAGGGGAGCUGAAUAGAGUGAAAGGGGAGCUGAAUGGAGUGAAGGGGGAGCUGAAUGGAGUGAAGGGGGAGCUGAAUGGAGUGAAGGGGGAGCUGAAUGGAGUGAAGGGGGAGCUGAAUGGAGUGAAGGGGGAGCUGAAUGGAGUGAAGGGGGAGCUGAAUGGAGUGAAGGGGGAGCUGAAUGGAGUGAAGGGGGAGCUGAAUGGAGUGAAGGGGGAGCUGAAUGGAGUGAAGGGGGGGCUGAAUGGAGUGAAGGGGGAACUGAAUGGAGUGAAGGGGGGGCUGAAUGGAGUGAAGGGGGAGCUGGCAGCAGCGAAACGGGAGUUGGUUGAGCACAAGCAGUUAACUAGGUUCCAGUUGGAGGGGGCUGAGAGGAGACGAGUGGUGGAGAUGAGGGAGAUGAGAGGGCAGGUGGAGGAGAGGGAGAGGGAGGUCAGCGUAGUGAAGACGAAGCUGUCUGAACACACGGAUGCUAUUGCAGAACAGUUGGAAUUUGCUGAGAGAAGAAGGGAAAAGGAAUUGAGAGAACUGAGGGAGGAGGUUAGAAAGGGAGUGGAUGAGAUGAGGGCAGGUUUGGCAAGGGAGAGGGAGGAGAGGAGGGAGGUGCAGGAGUUGAAUUGGUCACGUGCCAUGGAGGAAUUGGCAGGCUGCAGGAAUUGGGUGCAUCUUCAUCUGGGAAUCAUCCACAGUCACGGUCCUCAGAAGACUUCAUGGGAGGCGAGUGCUGAGUGA